GCCCCAGGCUAACCUUGAAUAAUGCAGCAGGAUUCUUGUACCGGGCCGGCAUCUUCUUAGGCCUGCUUUUCUACCUCCACACCGCUGUUCUGGGACCAGCUGUUGUUGGCAGGCCAGAGUAACCAGAGAGCACCUCGAACAAAAAGAGCUGAUCAUGUGUCCACCGGAGGCUGGAUAGAAAACAUGGAAGGCUUGGUGUGUUGGGAGAGAAAAUGCAGAAACACUGACUUCAAUGGCUGAAUUUUCCCAUCCCUUUAGGUCCAAACAAGCCAAAGGUCCUCUCCUCCAGAGUGAUAAGCUGCUGUCCGUCUUCCUGCGUCAUCUGCGGAGGACAAGACGCCGCCGAUCGGGUCCGCUCUGGUGGUGGUCUGGGAGGCCUUUUGAUUUCCAGCUGAAUUAUCAAGGCCACCAUGCACAAACAGGUUACCCACAUUUCCAGGGAGGACCUGGAAGACCUUCGAGAGGCGUUCAAUAAAAUCGACAUCGACAACAGCGGCUACGUGAGCGACUUUGAGCUCCAGGAGCUGUUCCGCGAGGCCAGCUUCUCCCUGCCCGGGUAUCAAGUGCGGGAUAUAGUGGAGACCUUCGUGGCCGGCGACACCAACAAGGAUGAGAAGAUCAGUUUUGAGGAGUUUGUCUCGAUUUAUCAGGAACUGAAGAGCAAAAAGUUGAGCGAGACCUUCCGCAAAUCCAUAACCAGGAAGGAUGGCAUCCGGUCCUUUGGAGGGAUGUCGGGAAUCUCAAGCGUGGGGACACAACACUCCUAUUCGGAUGAGGAGAAGGUGGCAUUUGUCAACUGGAUCAACAAAGCGUUGGCCAAAGAUCCCGACUGCCGCCACCUGCUGCCCAUGAACCCCACAGAUGAAAGCCUCUUCACCUCUGUCCGCGAUGGCAUCCUGCUCUGCAAAAUGAUCAACCUGUCCCAGCCCGACACCAUCGACGAGCGAGUCAUCAACACCCGGAAGCUGACUACCUUCACAAUGACCGAAAAUCUUGUCCUGGCGCUAAACUCAGCCUCGGCCAUCGGCUGCACGGUGGUGAACAUCGACGCGCUGGAUCUGAUGGUUGGGAAACCUCAUCUGGUGCUGGGAUUAUUCUGGCAGAUUAUCAAAGUGGGCCUCUUUGCUGAUAUAGAAAUCAGCCGCAAUGAAGGCAUGAUUUGCCUCCUGAGCGAGGGAGAGAGUUUGGACCACCUGAUGUCACUUUCUCCUGAAGAGUUGCUGCUCCGCUGGGUCAACUACCAUUUGUGCAAUGCCGGCACCGAGAGCAUCGGCAACUUCAGCGAGGAUAUCAAGGAUUCUCGGGCUUACUUCCACCUGCUGGACCAGAUCUCGCCCCGUGGCGAGCACGACUACAUGGGGGUCAAAAUCGACAUGAGCGGCCUGAAUGAGCGGGACCUGAACCAGCGGGCCGAACUGAUGCUGCAGCAGGCAUCCCGUCUGGACUGCCGGCAGUUUGUGACGGCGCACGACGUUACCGCCGGGAACAGCAAGCUCAAUUUGGCCUUCGUGGCCAACCUGUUCAACAUGCACCCGGCCCUACAGAGAGGGCCAGUCAAUGGCUUGGAGGACACCCGACUGGAGCCCGAGAGCAGAGAAGAGAAGACCUUCCGCAACUGGAUCAACUCUCUGGGUGUGAAUCCCUACGUGAACCACAUGUACCACGAUCUGUGCGACGGUUUGGUGAUUCUGCAGCUCUACGAGAAGGUGAAAGUUCCCGUCAACUGGAAGAAAGUCAACCAGCCUCCGUACCCCGCCCUGGGAACUAAUAUGAAAAAGCUCGAGAACUGCAACUACGCCGUGAGCCUGGGCAGGAACGUGGCCCACUUCUCCCUUGUCGGCAUUGGCGGAGAGAAUCUGAAUGAAGGGAGUCCCAUGCACACCUUGGCGCUGGUGUGGCAGCUCAUGAGGAGGUACACAAUGCUGGUGUUAUCGGACCUGGGCGACGGCGAGAGGGUGGGAGAGCAGAUCAUUCUCAACUGGGUCAACACCACCCUCAGUCAAAACCACAAAGAUUCACAGAUCAGCAGCUUCAAGGAUCUCCACAUCAGCACCAGCUUGCCGGUGAUCGACCUGAUUGACGCCAUUGCUCCCGGCACCGUCAAGUGGGACAUGGUGACCAGACCACAGAAGGGAGUGAUGAAGACCACCGACAAACUCAACAAUGCCAAAUACGCAGUCUCAUUGGCCCGAAAAAUUGGCGCUCGCGUCUACGCUCUGCCCGACGACUUGGUGGAGGUGAAUCCCAAGAUGGUGCUGACGAUGUUCGCCUGCCUCAUGGGCCAUGGUUUGAAAAAGGCCCAUCGCUACACUGGCCCCACCCCCUCCUCCCGACCGAAAUAACAUCCGUUCAUUUAUGCAUUAUCUGUUUAAUUCCCCAAAUGAAGAAUACAUUGACAUGCAAAUUAGAUGGAAUCAUGCCUCAUUCAUACAAUUACUUCAUUUUUCAUUUCUCUGAUUGCCCGCCCCCGCUGUAUUUAAUUUCAUUGGACAUUGGAGUGGAUGAGAAAAGCAAACUGAUUGUCUUUUUGACAGUGAAGCUUUAUGUCCUUUAUUUCUGUACACUGAACAUGGCUUUGAAUAAAUAAAAACAAAGUAUGCUCAAG